GGGUGCGUCCCCUGGGCUGUCGGCUCCCCCACACUCCCGGCACACCGCUCGCGUCUGCAACGCAGGGAACCGAGGCUGCAGGACCACCGGACCGGCUCCGCCACGGGGGAUGCAGACUCGCCUUCCGAGGAGGCCACCCAGGCGGCCGCAAACACCGAGCGCCUAGGGUCAAGCCCUCCUUCAGCGGAAACCCCGCGACCGCCUCCACCAGGCGGCUAAGCCAGGACCCCGACAGUCGGCCGGGACUCCCCUCCUGGGGUCCAAACUCGCCCAGGGCCGUACCUGAAGGAGCAGCGCCACCUCCGCCCGACGGCGUUAGCUGUCGCGGCGGCGACGGUCACAGCUCCGAGAGCAGUGACGCCUCUCAUAAAAACAACAACCUGCUCGCAGGCGACCGCAGCCGAAAUGCGGAGGGCGGCGGGGCGCCGCGGCGCAUGCCGGGACUCGUAGUCCCGCCCGCGCCUUAUACCGGGCGGCGGCGGAGGGAAGAACUACGACUCCCGAAGAAGAGCGCAGUCCGCCGCCGGCAGGCUGCCGGAAGCUGGGCCCCGCGGCCGUGAUCCUCACAACAUCCGGGCCCCGGCACUGCAGAGGCGCCGCGGCCGGUUACUGUGGAGACGGCCUGCUACAGCCUCUCCGAAGGAUUCCACCCUGGAGGACGGCUCCCGGGAUUAGGCCGAUUAGUUUACACGUAUCCAUCCAGCCGACGGUUCGCCUUCUCUUUGCUGCUUUAAUUGGGUGUAGUAAAAGUCGGCGCUUGCUGGCCUUGCCAUCCGCUGCAGGAAAAGACUGCGUUUGCCGAAAAAAAUAAAGAAGAUAUCGAGAAUGACCGAGGGCGACUGGGAUAAGAAAAUUACUUCAGCUUCAAAUUCAGAAACAGAAAUGAAACCUGAACAACUGCCUCCUUGUGUGAACCCUGGCAAUCCUGUGUUUUCAUGUAUGUUGGACCCAAAGACACUCCAUACAGCUACCUCACUAUCAAAACCUAAAAUGAUUAUGUAUAAAACCAAUUCAAGUAAUUAUGGUGAAUUUUUAACCAUGCCACAGUUUUUCCCCUGCUAUUAUACUCCAAAGGACCAAGUAUUUUCAAGCAAUAUCAGAGCUACUGGAUUUUAUCAAAAUAACACUCUAAACACUGCACCUGACAGAACAAGAACCCUUGAUUUUCCGAAUUUUCAACACACUCUAUGAAAAUAUAUUACUCUUAAAUAAAGAGAAAAUAUACUUGGGAAAAAUGAGUUUUAAAUCUAAGGCUAGGAUAGCUAAUUUGAAUUAUUUUUUUAAAAAUACCUUUAAGAAAUAAAGCAUUUCAACUGAUAACUGAAUGACAGUGACUUCUUAAAUAAAAAUGUGUUCAAAAUAGAAUAAAAGGUAGAAAGCAUUUUAUUAUACCUAGCUUUAUUUAGUUCAUGUAGUCCAAAAGCUUCAAAAGGCUUUCAGGAUCUCAACUGUCUACUGAGUAUAUUUAUCAAGACAAAGGAACACAGGAACUGUAAUUUUGAAAACUGAAUUAAGGAAGAUUCUGAUGAGUAAUUUCCUACUUUUCUGUUAUUUCAACUAAUAGCUUAGAACCUGGGGAACGUUAGUUCACACUGCUAAACUGGUGGAAGAGAGGACUUGUUAUUCAUUCAUUUAGCAAAUAUUUAUUGAACACCUACUUAUGGCAGGUGCUAUACAAUGAAAAUGGAACACAGAAAUAGAAAAGUGUCUUUUAUUGUUUCAAUAAACAAUAUUUGGGGGGAAUGAGAGUAGCAAAUUAAUAAUACAUGAUAAUUUAUGUAAUGUAAACUAUGUAAAAGGUCUUUCAGACACAGAGAAUUGCUUAAAUUGAGACCAAGAUCAGAAGAAACAUUCUGGAGAAGGUAAAGCCAAAUCAAAGGAAAGGUCCAUCCAGGCAGAAGAAACCUUACUUAUACAAGAAUGAAAAUGUGAGACAAUGUUGCACGUUUUUACAAGUGCAAUUACUUUUUUUUUUUUUUUUUUUGGCCUCAUCAUGCAGCUUGAGGGAUCUUAGUUCCCCGGCCAGGGACUGAACCCAGGCCGUGAAAGCGAGGAGUCCUAACCACCGGACCACCAGGGAAUUCCCCAAAUGUAAUUACUUUGCUACAUCUUUAACAUAGAGCAUGAGCAGUGGUAGAUUAUGGGCUAUACAAUUCUUUAAACUCUGUAAUUCCACUAUAUAGAGAGAUUUAUUUCAGCUGCCAUCUGUUGAAACCUCCUGUUCAGUUGGAUCUGAGUACCUUUACUGGAAAAAAAAAAAAUCACUGUUCUUAUUUUUCCCUGUUGGUUUCAGGUUCAGGAUAUUAACAUCAAUUAGAAAAAAUAAUCUUGUGAGUCACUAGGGGACCAGAAAAGUUGAAUCUUCUAUUUACAAAAAUGGCUUGAUGUGAGGAAACAGCUCAAACUCUGCAGCCUCAUGAAAUUCUUUCAAAUAUCCCAAAAUAUGAUAUUUGGCACAAGAAAGAAAAAAAAAAUUAGUUUUGUUCACUUCUUCUAAAACAUCAAAAAUCAAGGCACUGCACAAGAUUUCCAGGUAAAUGAUGCAACAGAAUUUGAGUUUACCAGAUUUUUCUCUGCAUAAAGUAUACAAACCCUUUUCCCCCUUCACUGUAGGUGCUUGAUUUGUAGAAAGUGAAGUCAACUUUUUAAUAUGUAGAAUCUAGAGGUUAACCUAAAGUUCCUUACUAUGACAGGUGGUUAGGCCUUUUGUUUUGUUGUUCUUGCUAAAAUUCUUAGGAAGGAUGAGUAUCUUGGAAUCAAGCAUAUUGUCUGGAAUGCAAUUAUGUAGUCAUUCAGUGCCUAUCAAAGUCCAGGGACUAUUCUAGGCACUAAGAGCUUGCCUUCAUGGAGACUAGAUUCUAAUAAAUUCUAGUAGGGGAAAACAGACCAAAAGACAUAUGUAUAAAUAUGUAUACAUAUUUAUAUAUAAAUGUUAUAGAACAUAAAUGUUUAUAUGUUUAUGUUAUGCAUGUGUGUAUAAGAGACAUAUAAAUACACAUAUGUGUAAAUAUGUAAAUGUAAAAUAUGUGUACAUAUUUAUAUGUAAAUACUUAUGUCCAUAUAUGUAUAACAUUUAUGUAUUUAUGGUACAUAAAUUUUAUUUAUGUAAAUAUUUUAUUUGCAUGUUAUUAGCAUGUAAAUAUUUAUAUAUGUCUAUAUGUAUACCACCUGGCCCUGCAGCUGGUAUCCCCUAGGCCCUAGAGCACAUGGGGUAAGAAGAGGGCGUGGCCAAUAAGGAAUGAGGGAGAGAGAUCAGAAAUCACCAGAGCCCUGGGGCCUGCAGGACAGUCUGCUUUGACCAUAAGCUCCAUAAAGGUGAGGGCCAAGUCUGACUGGUUGAUCCUUAAUUCCUCAAUGCCUGGCAUGGUGCCCUGUGGGCAAGCAGCUCCUGUCCAGCAGCCCGUCUCCCAGGAUGCUGGCUUUCACCUGGAUGCCGCCACCACCACCUCUUCCCCUGUCUCUGCAGGGCAGGUGGGCGAGAGGCUUCCCUUUGUGGGCAGCUGCUGGGGGCACAACAUCUCUUACUACUUCUGGGAAGCUACCCAAACCUCUGUAAAUAGUCACUUCACUAAAAAGCCUUUUAAACACCGCAGCUGAGUGUACUCUCUGUUUCCUGCCUGGACUCUGACAGGUCCUUAAAGGGAAGAAAAUAGGAAAAGGAUCAACAGGAGCCUGGAAGGAUAAGGGGGCUUCUCAGAAGCACUUAUACAGCCCCAGGAGGAACAAUUCUUGUUAUUCCCUGUACUCACCCACUGAGGGGGAAAAGGACUUAGAAAGGACUGCGUGAGGCCCACUACACGAUGGCCGGCCUGAGUCACACCAGCUAUCCCGUGGUUAGUGGCUCUCUCCUCUCUAUGACCCUCAGUGUUUGGUUCUAUCUAGAUAGGAAUCCUUGAUACGGUGGGAUUAUAAUUUACUACUCUAUUGGCCUGUCCCCCACACUGGACUGAAAACUCCUCAAAGGCAAAGAUUUGGGUUUUGGCCAUUUCUGGGUCCUGCCCAGUUUCUCACAGGCUGCCAGGCACAGAGGAAGCCCUUGAAUGGAUUCAUGUGAAGAAGGAAUGAAGGUUUCUCCCACAAAUGAACCCGUAGGCCCACCCUUCUAAAAUCCCCACCUUCCAAGGUGAUGAAACCACCUCAGAAGCCCGUGGCCAGGCCCUGAAGGCUAAAGAGUAUUUGACACUGAUGAUGCCGGAAGGUGACUAAGCUGCUGAGUCAAGAAAACCAACUUCCUCUUCCAAGACGGUUGCCUGAUCUACCCUCAAGUUGUUUCGCCCAGACACAUCCUGGCCUCAUGCUUGCCUGACACCUUUGCCUGCUUCUUCAAGGGCCGCCAGUUUCGCUCAAACAGCUUUCUCGUUCUUGUACCCUUUUGUUCUGUUGCUGUCUCAGAUGUUAUCCAAAUGAUCCAUUCUAACCCCUUCACACCUUGAUCAGGAGACCCUCACCACACAAAGCCAACAGUGUGGACCACAUCCUCCCAUCCCCAAACCAGGAUACAGUCAUUUGCAACCAGGGGUGUCCCAGGAAACCUGGGAUAAAAUACUCAUCAUAUCUAUAGAACCGACACUAAACCUUGAUCCAUUUUUAACGUAAAUGGUCUUAAUAACCACAAACAUAUGGGGGAGAAGAACAGUGAACAAAGCUUAACUGUUUUGUUGACAAAUUGACUGUAGUUUUCAUAGGCAUGGUGACCAUAUUCUGUAAUUUUCUAACGCAGUGUUUUUUUUUUUAAUCUUAAUUUUAUUGGUGUAUGGUUGAUUUACAGUGUUGUGUUGGUUUCAGUUGUACAGCAAAGUGAUUCAGUUAUGCACAUACAUAUAUUCAUUCUUUUUUAGAUUCUUUUCUCUUAUAGGUUAUCACAGAAUAUUGAGUUCUCUGCGCUGUACAAUAUGUCCUUGUUGGUUAUCUAUCUUUAUAGAGUAGUGUGUGUAUGUUCAUCCCAAGCUCCUGAUUUAUCCCUCCCCUCUAAUGCAAUGUUAAUUUCAAAUGUUCCAUUAGUGGAAACAUUUUUAAUGCUGAACAUGAUUCAUGUUGUAUUGUUUUCAAUA